GCCGGCGCGCAGUGCGUGUGUGCUGUGUGGGGUGGGGAUUGGACAAUACUCCAUAUUUAGCGCGAGCAGCGGAGCACGACGUGGCAUCCCCUUCGCUGCACGAUACCGCACGUUGCUUUCUUUUUCCGUCCCAAUGUCGUAGUACUACCCCGCCGACGAGGCAACGACUUUACCGCAAUUUUCUUUUAGUAUAAUUAGGGAAUCUCUACCUACAUUGAUGGUGGACUGGCUGCACGCAUAUGGCCAAGUGGCCCAUCAGUGGGUUUAUUUGGUAUGUAGGAUUAUUCUUGUGUUCUUUUUUAGAUGGAAUUCUUGCUCGUUUAUCCGGAGUCUCAAAAAAUAAUAAUCCAAAUGAUAAGUACCUCACGUCAUGUACCUGGACAUUUAGCCCGAACUUCCUUAUAGCCGUCUGAUCGGCAGCACAAAUCUCUGCGUGCGUCAUCUUGCCAGGUCGGCAGCAGAAACGUUUGGGUUGAAUCGCUCUCGCACCGCACACCCAUCCACCCCCGGAUUCCACUUCUCUGCAUCCCAUCCACCUGUCCCGACCCCCUUCUCACUCUGCUUUUCUCCACCCUCUGUUCACCGCCGGAUCUAGAGGAGAGAUGAAUGGCGGCGCCGGCGAUGACGAGGAGGAGCCGCGGCACGGAGGAGCGUGCGCGGUGGGGAGGAGCUGUGGCGGGGAGUGGAAUGGCGGCGGGGAGGAGCCGCAGCGGAUUGCCGGGGAAUGCGGCGAGGAGAAUCCCUCGGCGCUCGGCGGAUGCAGGGUACGGGUAGAGGUGGCGCGGCGGAGCAGGGCGCCACCAGCCUCCAAAGCACCGGUGGUGGUGGACGCCGGCGCGGGCAUGCUGCCCUGGCUAUCAUUUCCGCAGGGUAAGGAUGCCGAGCGACGGUGGUGGUAGCCGCCGACGCAGGCCUGCUGCCCCUGGCGACCCUCGCCGCCUUCCUCUGCUCAGAGCCAACGAUGGUAGUUUUGUAGCGCACCUCCGCAAAGGUCCUGACCCGCAAUCGCUAUCUUCCUCCGCCCACGCGACAACACAGUGGGGUUUCUCUGGUGAUCUCAAGUCCGCCGCCGCAGAAGCAGCUGUAGCACAAGCUCACCGAGGUCUUCGACGCGAGGCAGUUGACCCUCAGCUCCAACAGCGACAGCAACGCUAUGAAGUGAUUUUCAUCACAGCUAGGUUGCAGGAACUUUUUGUGGUUGAUGUGAUGCUAAUUGAUCAGUUUUCAUGGCCGAGUGCUGGCUCCUCGCCCGUGCCGCCACAACAGCAGUCGAGGCCGCCUCCAUCUGUGUUGUACCCAUCAUCGUCGAGCUGCUCGUCCGCACUGCCAUCACAUGUCGCCGCUGUGGGCUCCUCGGAUCCCCUCGAUGUUAUUACUUCACCUCCGAUGUGGGACUGGCCGUCGUUCUCUCCUACGAUGUCACAACAAAAGGCUUGGGAAUGGAGCUGCACGAGGAGCGUUUGGGCCAUGGAGGUUUAAGAGGGGUACGAGGGGCGUUCGGGCCAGGGAGCUUCUCGUGCCGAAUGAACUCGUUCGGUCAAUGCUCUCCUAGACCGCGCGUACGGUGGUUAUCAGUGUCCAAAAAAAGUUCAUCGCAUCCGGAACACAAACAGGUAAGACAUGAAAACAUGCCUUAUACAAAUUAUUCAAGCAGCCAUACCUAGCUAGUCUAUGAACAGCAAAGUUUGCCGAGGGUCGCGCUCAAGCAUCGCGGACUCCUCCCGAGCAUGGAACAAACUCUUGAUCUCUUCAACAAUCGAUAUGAAGAUGGACCUAUCCUUCUCUUGAUCACAUAAUUUCGACGCCACCGCGUUGGAGUCAGUUUCCAGCACAAGCUUAUGGAUACCAAUCUCGUUGGCAACUUGGGUAGUACAGUGGCAAAUGAAAAGCCCAGCUUGCUCCGGCUCGGCGAUGGACGGGAAGAACUGCACUCUCCUCCCAUGAGCGUACCAUGAUGGUCCCAAUGAACCCCUACGCCACCGCCACAAUUGCCGCCUUGGUCGUCGCUCCAUCCGCAUUAGCCUUGAUCCAACCCUUGUCUACAGACUCCACCUUUUUCGUCAGUACUCCGUUUAGUGGCGCCCUAGUAGCAUCUUGUGUUGUAUUCCACUCCUCCACUACACAUCAAAUCCAAUCAACGUUUUCCUUGGCA